AUGGCGCCAUUUCGAGUCCCCUCCAGCUUUCUCUUGGUGCACCACAUAGGGGCUGACGACGGGGAGAGCAAGAACACUGCUCACUGCUCAGGGCUGGUUGCAGGAGGACCUGUUGGCGGCCAGGGAGCGUCUAGACCCCACUCUGAUGGCCGGCCACCUCCACGCGCGGGACACCACAUAGGGGCUGACGACGGGGAGACCAAGAACCCUGCUCACUGCUCAGGGCUGGUUGCAGGAGGACCUGUUGGUGGCCAGGGAGCGUCUAGACCCCACUCUGAUGGCCGGCCACCUCCCCGCGCGGGGCACCACAUAGGGGCUGACGACGGGGAGACCAAGAACCCUGCUCACUGCUCAGGGCUGGUUGCAGGAGGACCUGUUGGCGGCCAGGGAGCGUCUAGACCCCACUCUGAUGGCCGGCCACCUCCCCGCGCGGGACACCACAUAGGGGCUGACGACGGGGAGACCAAGAACCCUGCUCACUGCUCAGGGCUGGUUGCAGGAGGACCUGUUGGCGGCCAGGGAGCGUCUAGACCCCACUCUGAUGGCCGGCCACCUCCCCGCGCGGGACACCACAUAGGAGCUGACGACGGGGAGACCAAGAACCCUGCUCACUGCUCAGGGCUGGUUGCAGGAGGACCUGUUGGCGGCCAGGGAGCGUCUAGACCCCACUCUGAUGGCCGGCCACCUCCCCGCGCGGGACACCACAUAGGGGCUGACGACGGGGAGACCAAGAACCCUGCUCACUGCUCAGGGCUGGUUGCAGGAGGACCUGUUGGCGGCCAGGCAGCGUCUAGACCCCACUCUGAUGGCCGGCGACCUCCCCGCGCGGGGCACCACAUAGGGGCUGACGACGGGGAGACCAAGAACCCUGCUCACUGCUCAGGGCUGGUUGCAGGAGGACAUGUUGGCGGCCAGGGAGCGUCUAGACCCCACUCUGAUGGCCGGCCACCUCCCCGCGCGGGACACCACAUAGGAGCUGACGACGGGGAGACCAAGAACCCUGCUCACUGCUCAGGGCUGGUUGCAGGAGGACAUGUUGGCGGCCAGGCAGCGUCUAGACCCCACUCUGAUGGCCGGCCACCUCCCCGCGCGGGACACCACAUAGGAGCUGACGACGGGGAGACCAAGAACCCUGCUCACUGCUCAGGGCUGGUUGCAGGAGGACCUGUUGGCGGCCAGGGAGCGUCUAGACCCCACUCUGAUGGCCGGCCACCUCCCCGCGCGGGACACCACAUAGGGGCUGACGACGGGGAGACCAAGAACCCUGCUCACUGCUCAGGGCUGGUUGCAGGAGGACCUGUUGGCGGCCAGGAAGCGUUUAGACCCCACUCUGAUGGCCGGCCACCUCCCCGCGCGGGGCACCACAUAGAAGCUGGCGACGGGGAGACCAAGAACCCUGCUCACUGCUCAGGGCUGGUUGCAGGAGGACCUGUUGGCGGCCAGGGAGCGUCUAGACCCCACUCUGAUGGCCGGCGACCUCCCCGCGCGGGGCACCACAUAGGGGCUGGCAACUGGGAGACCAAGAACCCUGCUCACUGCUCAGGGCUGGUUGCAGGAGGACCUGUUGGCGGCCAGGGAGCGUCUAGACCCCACUCUGAUGGCCGGCGACCUCCCCGCGCGGGGCACCACAUAAGGGCUGGCAACUGGGAGACCAAGAACCCUGCUCACUGCUCAGGGCUGGUUGCAGGAGGACCUGUUGGCAGGCAGGGAGCGUCUAGACCCCACUCGGAUGGCCGGCCACCUCCCCGCGCGGGGCACCACAUAGGGGCUGACGACUGGGAGACCAAGAACCCUGCUCACUGA